AUGUCGAACCGCGCUUUUGAUACCACCAAGCUAGGCUCGGGCUAUGGCUUCGAAUCGCAUCCAAAGAAGGCGGUGCAAAUGCCUCCAACGUGGGCGCUAGUGCUUGCGCUUGCCUCCAUGCUGGUGGCCAUGGGCUUCACGUAGAUCUACAUUGCGCUUAACCUGCUUGCGCCAACACCUCGAGAACCCCUCCAUGCUGGCUAGACAAAUGGGCCGCCGAGAAGGAAGCCGCAAAACGCGAAGCGGCGAAGCAGCCUGGUACCAAGACUAUCGUGCCUCCUCGGAUGCCAAUUGAGCCGCCAGAGUUGUUUAUGAGCGUUGUUGUACCGGCAUACAAUGAGGAAGAGCGGUUGGAAGGCAUGCUGGAAGAGGCGGUCAAUUUCCUGGAGAGCGAAUAUGGCGCGGCGCACGAAGGAGAGAAAGGCGCAGCCAAAGACAAGGGCUGGGAAAUUCUCAUCGUCAGCGACGGAAGCAAGGACAGGACAGUAGACAAGGCCUUGGACUUUGCGAAGGAGCAUCAGCUUAGCCAGCACCCGGUGCCGAAGCCCGGCCCGUGGUCGGAUAAAGGAGGCGCCAAAGCAUCGCAUUCGACACACAUACCGCAUGGCAGUAUCCGCGUCAUCACCCUAGAAGAAAAUCGAGGCAAAGGCGGUGCAGUGACGCAUGGAAUGAGGCAUGUUCGCGGGCAGUACAUUGUCUUCGCCGACGCGGACGGGGCUAGUCGAUUCGACGAUCUCGGCAAGAUGGUUGAAGGAUGUAGGAAAGUAGAGGACAAGUAUGGGCGCGGCGUUGCCAUUGGCAGCAGGGCCCAUCUUGUCGGUAGCGAAGCGGUUGUGAAGCGCUCGAAGCUCCGCAACUUCCUUAUGCACUCUUUCCACAUUCUCCUUCGCGUCAUGACACCGCCCGCGACUGCUCGUAUAAAAGACACACAGUGUGGCUUCAAGCUCUUCUCGCGACCCACUCUGCCAUACAUCAUCCCAUACAUGCACUCGGAAGGCUGGAUAUUCGAUGUCGAAAUGCUCAUGCUUGCCGAGAGUGCUGACAUUGCUAUGGCCGAAGUUGCGAUUGGCUGGAAAGAGGUCAUGGGCAGCAAGCUCAAUGUUGUCUGGGACAGCAUCGGCAUGGCGUGGGGCUUAGCCCUAUUGCGAGCAUGUUGGCUAUUGGGUAUAUACAAGCGAGAUUAGAGCACAGGACGAGAUAUCCAAUGCCUUUCUAGACCAAGACCUGCCAUUUACGUAUCCUGAACAUCUAAGAAAACUUCACAAUCCACCCA